UAUCCGCAUGCCUUUUUUUCGUUCACUAGGCUACAACCAUGGCGGCCGUCCUCCACCACUCCGCCCCGCUUGCUCGCGUCCUGGGCUUCCGCGCGGCCGCCACCGUCGCCUCUCCCACUCCGGUGCGCUUGGUUCAAUCUGAAUCCCGUAUCCUCCUCGGCUUGUCCGAGCCGGAACUCCGCCAGCUAGCCCUCGAUUUCGGUCAGAAAAGUUAUCGAGGGAAGCAGAUGCAUGAUCAACUGUACAAAAUCAAGGCGAAGGAAAUCCAGGACUUCAGCCACUUGCCUCAAUCAUUUCGAGAUAGUCUAAAGGAAGCUGGAUGGAGAGUUGGGAGAUCCCCCGCUCACCAUGUAGUUUCUGCAGCUGAUGGUACUCUUAAGAUUCUUAUAAAGUUGGAAGAUAAUAGGUUGAUUGAAACUGUAGGAAUACCUGUUAAAGAUGACAAUGGUUCCCUCCGCUUAACUGCUUGUGUCUCAUCACAGGUCGGCUGCCCCUUGCGUUGCUCAUUUUGUGCUACUGGAAAGGGUGGCUACUCAAGGAAUCUCCAAAGGCAUGAGAUUGUUGAGCAGGUAUUAGCCAUUGAAGAUCUCUUCAAACAUAGGGUCUCAAAUGUUGUGUUCAUGGGAAUGGGUGAACCUAUGUUAAACCUGAGGUCGGUUCUGGAAGCACACACAUGCCUCAAUAAGGACAUACAAAUUGGGCAAAGGAUGAUGACAAUAUCAACAGUUGGUGUACCAAACACUAUCAAGAUGCUCGCUCAGCACAAGCUCCAGUCUACCUUGGCUGUGAGCUUGCAUGCGCCCAACCAGAAGCUUCGGGAAACAAUAGUCCCCAGUGCAAAGUCUUACCCAUUGGAUGCACUUUUGGAUGACUGCAAGCAUUAUUUUUCUGAAACUAGACGGAGAGUAACCUUCGAAUAUACACUUUUAGCUGGGAUAAAUGAUGGAACAGAGCAUGCAGUAGAACUAGCUGAACUUCUUCAUACAUCAUGUGGUCGUGGUUGUCAUGUGAAUCUGAUCCCUUUCAAUCCGAUCGAAGGUUCUGAAUAUAGAAGACCCUACAAGAAAACUGUGUUGGCUUUUGUGGCAGCACUUGAAUCAAACAGAAUAACUGUCAGCGUUCGGCAGACUCGCGGGCUCGAUGCGAGUGCUGCUUGUGGACAACUACGAAAUCAACAUCAAAAGACUCCAAUAGUUGACCAGACAGUGGCGGAGCCUCAACUGAUGCCCAUUUGAUGGAAUGGAAUCGGCUGUGGAACGAUUAUAGGGAUUCCUACUUGUUGAGGACAUACAGAAUGGCAACCUUAACGUAAGAUGGUAGAGUUAAGUUUAUUCUUUGAAGAGAGCAACGAGAAUCCGGAUAACGGACAGUGGUCAACGAGGCUAGUUCGAUGGUGAAAAUAAUGGAACAAAUUAUCUUUCGAAGCAGAGCCAACUUGAAGAUUAUAGGUGUUAAGCUUAUAAUGUCCUUGGGCAAACUAACUCUAGAUGGCGGUGUACAGGAUUCUCUCCCCCUCUCUCUCACCCCUUUUUUGUUGCUGUAUCAAAUAUUGUUGCUGCAUCAAGAUAUUCCCUUCAUUCCUCAUCCAACAUGGCCAGCUUAUCAUUUGUCUCUGUUGUAGGAAAUGGAAACGAAAAAUUGAUCGUGGUUCUACCGUCU